UUUAUCUAAAUAUAUGUGACAUUUAUUUAAAAAUAAUCUGAUUGAUAAAUGCUAUUUAAAUCUACACAAGAACAAAAAUUAUGCACGACAUCGUCUUCGGGAUUACCGAAAUGGCGGCAAUCUCCGAUCGAUAUCAAUCGCGUCAUCGCGUGGAGCAAGAAAUUUCCGCCCUUACUUUUGACAAACUAUUGGUCAAACGAUGGCACAGCGACACUUACAAAUACUGGCAAUACAGUUAAUAUCGAAUUGGCGAACAAAAAAAUACCGACAAUGCGUGGCGGUCCUUUGAAAGAUGAUGAAUUUCAAUUUAUGAACGUGCAAUUUCGAUGGGGCCCGUCCGACUGUCGAGGCGCGGAACAUUCUAUCGAUAACACUUGGUAUUCGAUGGAGGCGCAAGUUAUGCAUUGGAAUACACGUUAUGGAUCGAUAGACAAGUGUUAUGACAAAUCUGAUGGAAUUGCAAUACUCUCCUAUCUUAUGCAGACUGCCUACGUUGGAUGAUGAAUGUAUGUAUGUGUCCUGGAUAUUAUACUUAUUCGGGCUCUUUUACUUUUCCUCCGUACUAUGAAUGU